CAGACUUCAGUUGCAGUCGCGAAUUAGCGUCGCACAGACGCGCUGUCUCGCAUAGAUACUACCAUCUCGCUCUUGCUUUUGCUCGCGGAAGUCCGAUAGUUCUUGUGGGUGUAACGGUUAAUUGUAACUUUGUAAAAUGGUGCACUUAAACGAGAAAAACGAGGAUCAGCAUAUGGCCAAACGGAUUUCGGAGCUGCAGGAGUGGCUUAAAUCGCAGCCCCAACUGCCGCAGAAUAUAUCCCGUUUGCUUCUGCGACGUUUUCUGCACACGACGCGCGGCGAUCCAUCAGCCGCCCAACGCCUCUUGGAACUCAACUAUGGACUGCGAAACAAACAUGCCCACAUCUUCAUCGAUCGUGACCCUCUGGACGACAGUUCUCAGCAGCUUCUGCAAGUCGCAGAUCUGGUCCCGUUGCCCGGCCUGACCCCGGAGAACAAUAAGCUGCUCUUUUAUCGCCUUAUUGACUUUGACGCGGACAAGUUCAACUUUACGGCUGCGAUCAAGGUCUUCUUCAUGGUGGCAGACUGCCGUUUUGCGACGGAGGAUGAAGAGCGGUUGUCGGACGGGGAGAUACCCGUUUUCGACAUGGCUGGCUAUACGCUGCGCCACCUCACUAAGACAGCCUUAGGUGCGUUGCGUGUAUACAUGAAGUUCGUCCAAGAGGCCCAUCCUGUCCGGCUUAAGGAGAUCCAUGUGCUCAACUGCCCUUCGUUUGUGGACAAAGUGAUGGCGGUGGUCAAGCCGUUUAUUAAGGGAGAGGUCUUUAAGCUAAUUCACUUCCAUUUGCCGGAUGCGGAUACUCCAUAUCGUCACUUUCCGCGCUCCAUGCUGCCAGAGGAGUACGGCGGCGAGGCGGGCAAAAUGUCCGACCUGAAGCUAGAGUGGAUGCAAUUGCUCAAGGAGCAGAGGGACUAUCUGAUGGAUGCGGAAAACUGGCAGAUAAACAAGGCCAGAAAAAACGGACAGCGAAAGUCGAGCGAGGCUGGAGUUACCCAAAGUUUACGUUCCCUCGAAAUUGAUUAGAUAUUUUGUGCGCACAACUGUACCUUAAUCAUUGGAGCCAUUAACGAUUUUCACAUUUCUUAAGAGGAUUUUACCUUUGCAUCCUUCCAUAAACUCUACUGAGUUCAUAUUUAAUAAUCCCAUAAUGAAAUAGUGAUUGGAUUGCCCAGUCCUGGUGAAUAUGAAAAUCGGAUUAGGCUCAUCCAUCUAUUGUACUUUUGUUUUUUUUUUUAUUGUUCCAUUUCCCAGCUGGGCUUGGGUCUAUGUAAAUAUAUAUACUACGCUUAAAAA